AUGUCGUUGACCUAUUUCGGCUAUUCAUAUGAUAAUCCAUCUACCGAUAUAACCAUCACUAUGGAAAAUGGUUUCCCAAAAUUACAACCUCCCUGCACUACUGAACCUGCUAGAAAGCCGAUUCCUGAAUACAUUAAAGAGUUGAAGUGGUUGGUGUUGAUGCUCCAGUUCAUUGUCUUAGUAGCUGUUUCUCUCAUUAUAUUCACUCUGUUUCUGAAUCGACCUUUAAUUACGAGUCGCUUACGAAAUUCUAAAGCCGCGGCAUAUGUAGAAUCAUCGCAACACAUUGACAGUUUUGAAUCAUUUGAAAAAGAAAGCAUAGAUUGGAAGAAACCUAAGGAAACAACAAGCGAAGAAUUGGAAAACUCAUCAGAAGUUAACUUCCCUAAAGCUGCUGUUUUCAGUGAGGAUGCACAUUGUAGUUCACUGGGACGAUCAAUUUUACUAAGAGGAGGAAAUGCUAUUGACUCCGCUAUUACAGUUUCUUUUUGUAUAUCAGCUGUUCAUCCUCAUAAAAGUGGUUUGGGAGGAGGCUUAGUUGCCGUCCUCAUGAAGAAAGGAUCCUGCGAAACUGUCUUAUCAAGAGAAACUGCGGGGAUAGGAGCGCAAGCCAGCAACUUUUCACGACAGCCAGCCGAAGCGAUCAAAGGACCAAGAGCUGUUGGAAUACCAGGGUUCCUAAGUGGAUUAUUCGCAUUAUAUCAAGAUUAUGCAUCGAAAAACUUAUCAUGGAAGACUCUGAUAGUUCCCAUUGUUGAGAUAAAAGGUAUUCGUGUCAGCAAAGAUCUGGCAAUUGAGUUACAAAAGCAGAUUCCAUUGAUCAACUCAGAUCCUUUCAUGAGAGAUGUUUUUAUCAACAAAAAAAGUCGUCAAGUUCUUCAAGAGAACGACACUAUGUAUUGUUCUAGUCUAGCUGAUACACUAGAGGAGAUUUCUGAGUAUGAAGAUGAAGUAGAUUAUUUCUACAAAGGAGGACCUGUUGGUCAACAACUAAUUAAAGAAAUCCAAGACAAAGGAGGUUUUCUAACAACAGAAGAUCUUGAAGACUAUGUAUCGGAAAAGAAAAAGGGAUUCGUUUCACAUCUUCAUAAUGAUAUUAACAUUUGUGGUCCUCAAUUUCCGUCAGUUUACUUAGAUCUUCAACUGGCUCUUAGGGCUGCUAAAGAUGAUCCUCAACACACAAACGAAAUUAUAGCCUUAUUGAUUAAAGAUUCUCAGAUAAUUGGAGACUCAUUGUUUUCCUCAUCUCUACAAGAUAUGUCCACUUACUUACUCAAUGAUAACGCAAAAAAAGCUGUUCUCGAUAGGAUAAGGAAAGGAGAAAGAACACCUUUGAUAUAUGAAGAGAGUGAUGGAUCAUCCUCAAUCCUAAUCAUUGAUGAAGCAGGAACGGCAGUAGCUCUAACAAACUCCCUUGGUCAUAAAUUUGGUAGUAAUAUUUACAGCCGGCAUGGUUUUUUCCUGAAUAAUGCGAUGGCUUAUUUCAAUCAUAACUUAAAACAACAGAACCUGAUAACAGCGCCAGAUCAUCCCAAUAGUUUACAACCUGGAAAAUCACCCAGAGUGUUGAGCACACCGCUCAUCGCUUUCGAUGAGGAAUCCAUAAAAUUUUUAACGGGUGGUACAAAUUUUCAAUCAACAGUUCACAGCAUUCUGAAUGUUUUAAAUGGUAAGAUUCAUAAUGUUCGGAUAAAUAAUUCUUCACCAAUCCUGUACACUGACUCAGAGAAUAUAAAGAUUCUAUUUGGCUCAUUGAAUCACCUUGCGGGUUACUAA